UAUAUAUUUUCAGUAAUGGUUAAGUAGCACUAUGGGGGAAUAUGGAAUCGUCGGUUCGAUAUAUAAACGAUGGACUAAGCGAGAGGACUUUACUUAUUGGCAGAUCAACACGUUCAUUAGAAAGUACGAAUAGACACGCAACGGAAUCUAGUGGGACAUACAAAUCAAGAUGCCGGUCCAUCAGAGUUAUGUAUUUAACGAUGUUUCUGAGCAGCGUGUCAUUUUCUAUCUGCAUGUCGUCGUUGUAUCCAUAUCUCAGAGUUCUUGACCCUAGUGCAGAUACAGACUUCCUAGGUUGGGUAGUGGCAGCAUACAGUGUUGGACAACUAGUAGCCUCUCCAUUUUUUGGGGCGUGGUCAAAUAUUCGAUGUAGAACACGUGAGCCUCUGGUUGUUUCCAUAGUAAUCAAUGUACUAGCCAACGUUUUAUAUAUGUAUUUGGAAAGUAUACAAACAUCCCCUCAAGUUUAUUUAUUGCUUGCUAGAGCGUUGGUGGAAUUCGGUGCAGGAAAUGUUGCAGUCGUGAGGUCUUAUGUUGCGGGAGCGACACAUGUAUAUGAAAGAAUCUCGGUUAUGGCAAACUUAUCCGCAUUUCAGUCGGCUGGUUUUAUAUUUGGUAACCUAUUUCAGACAGCAAUGGUGCCACUAGGCUACCCCGGACCAGUUCAUACACUAGAGCUUCAUUUCGACAUGUACUCAGCUACAGGUCUAUUCAGCGCACUUGUAGGCAUCAUAAAUAUACUUCUCCUCGUCCUGGUCUUUAAAGAACAUAACAUUGUCAUCGACGAGGAAUUUAUUUCUUCAGAUGAAGGUAAACAGUCUACUACAAAACAAAAGAUUCAGACUGAGUCAGAAACGUCCACAAACGUUAUUUUGUCAAAGUAUUCUCCCGAUUAUGUAGCUGUACUGGCGACCAUUUUCCUGUUCUUCUCCGUACUUUUCAUUUUUGCUGUCUUUGAAACAAUCAUUACCCCAUUCGGAAUGGAUAUGUUUGCCUGGGAGAAGACUAAAGCAACUUUGUAUGUUGGAAUUAUGUUGGGCUGUGCUGGACUAGUAGCCAUUGUCGUUUUUAUCGUUAUAAAACUUCUGACAAUACGGUUUAAUGAACGGAAUUUACUUUUUGUUGGUUUUAUAAUUUGUAUAUUCGGAUACGUUUCUUAUCUACCAUGGGGAUCAAACUAUCCGGCAAUACAAUAUGCUGAAAUCAAACACGCAGAUAAGGUGACGAACAACCAAAGAAAUCUAACAGAACUUAUCCAGCAUAUGAUGUUGGCGGGGGAAGAAACUCUACCAUUAUCAACCACCGACUCUUUCACUAAAGAUCUGAACAAAAUCAACGAUAUUCUAAAUGAAAAAGAAAACACUAGUUUGAAUUUACCAAUAAAUAUAAAAGAAAAUAGUGAUUAUGUAAGGAAUGAUUUUUAUCAAAAAUUAACGCAGCUAAAUGCAAACACUGAAAAAUCUCCAAUUGACGUGAUGUGGAACAAAAGUUAUAUUAUGAAGGAAAUAAAGAAACAGGCUUAUUGGGGAAAUUCAAGUGAUUUGGAGAAUGAAGAUGUCGGAUGCCCGUAUUAUUUUUCCUGGUGUACGUACACACCGGCGACCACCUUGUGGCAGUAUCUUCUUGGAACCUUUUUUAUUUCUAUCGGCUACCCUGCAUGCAGUGUGAUAUCUUAUACAAUCUUUUCAAAGGUUUUGGGACCAAAGCCUCAGGGAUUGUGGAUGGGAUGGCUUACGGCUGCAGGCAGUCUUGCUCGAACCCUCGGUCCUGUCUUUGUGAGUCAGGUGUAUGAUGCAUAUGGACCAAGAGUAGCAUUCACAGCCAUGACAGCAAAUAUCUUUAUCACGCUUAUUAUUCUGUUAAUUGUUUAUAAAAGACUUGUGCCGUUUAAGGUACUAUCAGUAUGAACAUACUUCUUAUAUCAAAUUAGGGUCUACUUAAAUUGAGCCGUGUCACGACAAAACCAACAUAAUGGGUUUGCGACCAGCAUGGAUUCAGACCAGCCUG